AUUUAUGGUGUUUGUGUGUUGCAGGUUGUGCGAUCGUAUAUUGUAUAUUACAUAGAAUAUUGAAUAUAUAAAAAUAGAAUAGACGAUAUAAUCGCAGCUGCACGAUGAGGGUGGAACUAGAAUCUGCCGUUAAGUUUAUCAUAUCAAUGCUGCGCGCGGGACACCGAUCGAGGCUGGUCCGCAGCAAAGGCGACAAGUUCUUUCUGGAACCCGAAAUAGAGAUGUUGCAACUAUCACUGUUGACCGUCAUGAAUCGCCAGUACAAAGACUUCUGGUUCCCAGAGUCACCGAAUCGUGGAUCUGCGUACCGGUGCAUCAGAAUCAACAAGGACAAGAUGGAUCCGAUCAUUGCUCGCGCUGCCGACGCGUGUGGCCUUUCGUGCCACCUGAUCCGCACGUACUUGCCCGACGAACUUACGUUGUGGGUUGAUCCGUCUGAAGUGUCCUACCGCAUCGGCGAGGAGGACGGUAGCAUUUGCGUACUGUACGAAGCUCCGAUUCAACAACCGCUCGAAAUCGCUGCCACACAGCCGGGUCGACCUUCGUCGUCGUCAUCGUCUUCGUCUUCGGUGUCCACGUCUCCCGGAUCGUAUUCCUCAUCCUCUCCGCCGUUUAACAACAGCCAAAACCGCAACAGUCAUCUCCAUCUCCAGCAUCAACAGCAACAGCAACACCUCCAGCAACAACAGCAACAUCAACAGCAACAGCAGCAACAACAGCAACAGCAACAACACCAACAGCAACAACAGCAGCAAAUGCAUCAGGCCGACGGCAUGGUGGGUUCAUAUCCCAACUACACAUCCCCGGUUAAACCGUCGAAUGUGAUCACGUUCGUGCCGCCCUCAUACGGAUCUCCAGUACAAUUCGUACACUCUCCUUACCAGUCGUAUCCCGCUUUUAUUUCCAGUUAAUUUUAGAGAAAACGUAUUCACACCGAUUCAAAAGGAAAAAUGCUUAUUUGAUGUGUAUUUUUAGUGAUUAAGAAUGAAAUGAUAAAAAAAGAUAAAAUGCUUAAACGUUUAGAUUUAUAUUAUUUAUUAGGUAAGUACCUAUAUAUACAUAUUUAUUUGAUAUAAUAAUAUAUAUUAUAUUAACAACACAUAUAUAAGUAUGUGUGUUGGUAAGAUAUUAUUUGCAAACAAAAAAAUAACAUCGUAAUUUAUACGUGAAGCACUCAGUAUAUUAUAUUGUAUACGAUACUUAUCCCACCCAAGACUACCCAUUGAUACCGUGAUCUCACAAAUCCUAAAAAAGUGUGCUGAUAGGACGUUGAAUUAUUAUUCUCGGAUUGUGUUUGUGUGUUCCUCGACUUCUUCUCGAGACAUAGUCCGUGAUUAUACGUUUUGCUGUAAUAAUAAAAAAAACCUUUCCCAGUCCCCAUCCCUCCCCAAUUAAUUUUUGCAAUUUGUACUGGGUGCUUACUUGAGUCAGUUGUUGAAUGUGAUAAGAACUUCUAAAAUAAAAAAAAAAAAAAAAAAAAAAA